GCCAAUUUGACUUUGACAUAUUCGAUUUUUUGCAAAGCAGAUUUAUUGCAUAAUUGUUUUUCUAUUUCUCUAAAUAAUAAAUUACGUAUAUAUUUUCGCCGGUUGUUGGCAGCUACGCUCGGUAACAAUGCUCGGCACACGUGGGAUUGUCACGUUCAUGAGAACUGUAGGUGCAUCUCGCCAGGCUCACACCCUACCAGAACUGCCAUAUGAUUACAAUGCACUUGAGCCGGUGAUCAGCAGGGAAAUAAUGAGCUUGCACCACAGCAAACAUCAUGCCACCUAUGUUAACAAUUUAAAUGCAGCUGAGGAGAAACUGGCACAAGCCCAGUCUAAAGGUGACAUCUCAACAAUUAUCAGCUUGGCACCAGCCCUCAAAUUCAAUGGGGGUGGACAUAUCAACCACACAAUCUUCUGGCAGAAUCUGUCUUCUAGCGGUGGUAAACCAUCUGAUGCGAUUAACCAAGCUAUUCAGAAAGAUUUUGGAUCAAUGGAGAACAUGAAGAACCAACUGGCAUUAGCAUCAGUGGGCGUACAGGGUUCAGGAUGGGGCUGGCUCGGAUACAACAAGCUGAUGAAGAAGUUGCAAAUUGCCACUUGCCAGAACCAAGAUCCUUUGGAAGCUACGACAGGUAUCGUACCUCUGUUUGGAAUCGACGUUUGGGAACACGCUUACUACCUUCAGUACAAGAAUGUCCGGGCUGAUUAUGUCAAAGCAAUCUUCGAAAUCGCCAACUGGAAGGACAUUUCAGCGAGAUACGAAAAAGCCAUUAAGUAGAUCUGUACCAAAAAAAAAACACUGCAUUUGUUAUUUUUUUUGCAAAGCAAAAUGUUUGAAUGAUGUAACGGUUAGAAUGUUAUUUGCAAAUUGUGAUGCCUUAAUAAGAUAAUUAAUCAUAAUAGAGGUAAUGUCC